AUGCUGUUGGCGCGCAGUCUAUCAAUAAAGGCAUCAGCUGAGGAUAUAAAUUUACUUAGCAAAGUGUUAAGUCAUUCUAUUACUACUGAUGCAGUUAAAGAUAAAACAGUACUUUAUUAUCUGGAGGCAAAACCACCAAGCAAGGUAAAAUAUCGCGGAAAUCUCUUAUAUUUGCAUGGAGCUGCAUAUUCUUCCCAUGAUUGGAAUAGAAAUAAACCUUCUAUUAUGCAAGUUAGUGCCGCUGCUGGAUAUCGAACUAUUGCCAUUGAUUUACCCAACUUCAGUCGCAGUCGGACCAAAAGUUUGACACCAAAUGAUCAUUCCACAUUCUUGUCAUUAGUAAUAAAAAAUUUAAAUAUCCAUAAGCCAAUCAUCAUAAGUCCUUCUGCAAGUGGAAGUUAUUCAAUACCUUAUGUACUCAGUAAUCCGAAUAAAAUCGAUGGUUUCGUACCGGUAGCCCCUUGUUGUGUUCGCAAUGAUGGCUGGGAAAAUUUCACGGUGCCUACGCUCAUAAUUUACGGCAACCAAGAUAAAGCGCCGAUUUCAACGAUGCUGCUCAAAAUUCCAAAAAAGAAUCUAGUAAUCAUUCCGGAUGCGCCGCAUGCUGCGUAUAUCAAAAAACCAAUUGAUUUCGUGACUAUUUUGGUCAAUUUUUUGUAUUCCAUUCAUCCUUCCUGA